AUGGCGGGGCGGUCCCGGCGGCGCGGCGCGGCCAAAUGGGCUGCUGUGCGCGGCAAUGCAAGUCGCGGCCUGAUGGAUGAGAAGGAGGACGACUCCGAAUUGCCACCUUCACCUGGGGACUCCAGCUAUUACCAAGACGAGGUAGAUGAUUUCCACGAGACACGUUUUCGGGCUGCUUUGACUAAGGGCUGGAAUGAAGGAGACAGUGGGGACGAGGAGGAGGAUGGUGACGAGCAAGAGGAGGUGCUCGGCCUAGAUAUUGACGAUGAUGACGACGAAGAUGAUGAGAGUGUGGGGGAUGAGGAGGAUGACGAUAAUGAUGGCGGGAGCUCCGUGCAGAGCGAGACUGAGACCUCUGUGGAUCCCAGUUUGUCGUGGGGUCAGAGGAAAAAACUCUAUUAUGAUACAGACUAUGGCCCCAAGUCCCGUGGCCGGCAGAGCCAACAAGAGAUAGAGGAGGAAGAAAGAGAGGAGGAGGAGGAGGCACAGCUCAUCCAGAAGCGGCUAACUCAGGCCCUGCAAGAGGAUGAUUUUGGGGUCACCUGGGUGGAGGCCUUUGCAAAGCCAAUGCCCCAGGUGGAUGAGGUCGGUACACGCGUCGAGAAGGAUUUAACAAAAAUUUCGGUGAAAGAGAAGCUAAAGAUGCUGCGAAAGGAAUCACCAGAGCUCUUGGAGUUAAUGGAAGACCUGAAAUUUAGAUUGACAGAGGUCAAGGAUGAGCUGGAGCCGUUGUUAGAGUUGGUGGAACAAGGAAUCAUACCACCUGGAAAAGGAAGCCAAUACGUGAAGACCAAGUACAACCUCUACUUGAGUUACUGUUUCAACAUUAGUUUUUAUUUGAUUCUGAAAGCUCGGAGAGCCCCUGCACAUGGACAUCCUGUAAUAGAAAGACUUGUUACCUACAGAAACUUGAUCAACAAGCUUUCAGUUGUGGAUCAGAGGCUGUCCUCCGAAAUUCGUCAUCUCCUCACACUUAAGGAUAAGGCUGGCAAGAAAGGACUGAAGCUGAAGGUAAAAUCCACCAAGGCCAAACCAAAGCCUGUUUCAGAGGCUUCCACAUCUGCUGCAACAGAGCUUUCAGAUGAUUCGGAUCUUGACAAAGAAGCGGCAAUGAAAUACUAUAAGGAAGCAGAGGACAGGCAGAAGAUG